ACAAACAGACCUGUUAAAAGUAACUAUUGAGAUGUAUUAAAAAAUUCUAAUACUCAGAGGAUAUAUUAUACGUGAAAUAGAUCAGAAUGUCGUACGGAAACGAUCCACCUUUUCAAAGCAAUGUUCGCCAUAGCCGACAAGCUAAAGUAGUCCAAGAGUAUGAUCUAAUUGACACUUCUCUCUGUAAGUCGUUGUGCUACCGUUUAUCUUCCGUCGUAUUCCACGCAACAUCUCUAAAGUUCUUUCUAUGGAUCACCUCCGUCAGUUUCAUAGUUUCUAUAUUCAUAACGCAAUUCAUAAGAACAAAUGAAUACAAAACUAUUAGUGUACUUGAAGAAGAAGCAAUCCAGAAUGUUGGCCUUGAUUACAAAUAUACUGAGGUUUAUAAAAAAAAGGAACGACUGUCGAAUGAGGUUAAAUACAUUUUGGAAUGGACGCCGCGAGACUACGAACCUCUUAGCCAACUUAGACAGGGCCAAAUAGCAUUCGUCAAAAACAAUUGUUCAAAAAUAAACUGUUAUGUAACUGAUAAUAAAGAUUUUUUUGGCGGAGACUUAACAAAGUUUGACGUUAUAGCAUUUAACGGUCGAAAUAUACUACACACAAAAAAAUCCGAUCUUCCAAAACACAGAUCGCCUCAUCAGAAAUAUAUAUAUUUUAACAUGGAGUCUUCUGACAAUUUUCCAUUGUGUAAUCCAGUAUUCGAUGGUUUUUUCAAUUUGACAGCUACAUACAAAUUAAAUUCGGACAUUCUGUUCCCUUACAUACAAAUAAGAGAUCGUAGUGGAGAAGUUGUAGGACCUAAAAUAGACAUGAAGUGGAUAGAGAAUAUGACUCUUGAUGAAGACAUGUCAUUCUUAAGGAAUAAAAGUAAAGCAGUCGCUUGGUUUGUAUCAAAUUGCAAUAGUAGAAGUGGAAGAAAAGAAUUAGGAAAGAAGAUACAAAGUGCCCUUCAAAAGUACGGCUUAACAUUAGAUAUUUAUGGAAAAUGUGGUACUUUUGAAUGUCCUAGGAAUAAGAAAAAACAAUGCAACGAGAUGUUAGAGAAGGAUUAUUUCUUUUAUUUGUCAUUUGAGAAUUCGUUCGCGGAAGAUUAUGUGACUGAAAAAGUUUUGACACCUUUUCAUCAUAAUGCUGUACCAAUCGUGCUUGGUGGCGCUAAUUAUUCAAGAUUUCUACCACCAGAUACGUAUCUGGAUGCGAGAAUAUUGACGCCUGAAGACAUAGCCAGUACAGUGGAUCGGUUGAUGCGUUCACCGGAAGAAUAUAAAAAAUACUUCAAAUGGAAAUCUUACUACACAUACCGUGACCCGUCAGACACGGACAGUGUGUGCGCAGUGUGCGAGUACCUUAAUAAUGAAAGUCUUAUGAAACAACAGACUGUUUAUAAUAAUUUCAGAGCAUGGUGGUAUCCUAAUUAUAAAAAGCGUUGCAACUUGUGA